AACAACGAUAAUAAAACGAACACUUUAAACUUAGUCUGCUAUGCAUGGUGCUUUUGUGUACUGUUGAUAUUUGGGACAUGAGAUCUUAACAUUUUUAAAUGGCAUAAAUUUGUGUAUUUGCAUUUACUUUGAAUUAUAACUCAGUGGGUAUUUGUUUACAAUUGUUGUUGUAAGCGGGCCUAGUUAAAAACCAUACAGACCUUGUACGAAUUGGCGAACAGACACAAUACAAAGAUGGCGAUGGCAGACACCUUAUUCUUUAAUGGGCGACAGGAUCGGUACCCCUAUCAUGUAAACUACCCCCCAACUGUCCCGCGAUACCCCAGCUCACAGGAAAUGUUCAGGCGUGAGUCUCCCGACAAGUACACUAAGGUGGUAGGGAGGAUCGCUACCCAGGAAUUUGACACCAAAAUUUCUCAACGAUCGUCACAUCAGUCUUGGUACGACAAAUGGUACGACUCCGGUAUCCCCAAACUUCGUCGGGAGGAACUUCCAAAAUUGGUGGACCGUCAUGAACCGUGCAAUCAACCGUGGCAAUACAAUAUAGGAACCUCCGCCGUGCCCAAGUGGACCAAGGAGGGAAAGGAUUGGCCAGUGUCCAAGGCUUACCUCCUCCAGGGUAAACCUGCCACAGAAGCCACGCGUGCGCGCGGCGUUAACCGUCUGUCACUUCCCAAAGAAGAGAAUCUUUACCCAUUCUCCAAUUAUAUGACAUCACAAUACCGGAAGCCGGUGUAUUCUAUAUUUGGUCAUCUUCAGAAAGACAAAGUUUAUGGAGUCACACACCAACACAAUAGGCACGGAAACAUGUCGUUCGAGGACUACUAUUGAUCAUUGAUUUUGGUAUCAAAUUUUGGAGAGCUUAAACUGAAGAUAUAGCUUGCUACUAAAUUAAGUAAUUUUCAUUGAUUUAUAUAUGUACGUGUCGAUAUUAGUUUUUAAAAACUGUGAAAUUGUACGCUUUUAUGCACGUUCUAUAUUAUUUUUAUGCUUCACAAUGUCCAAUAUGAGAGAGAGAGAGAGAGAGAGAGAGAGAGAGAGGGAGAGAGAGAGAGAGAGAGAGAGGAAAAGAAAAGGAACGAUGUUUUGGCAUUUGUAUCUUAGAAUUGAUUUCUUGUUAUAUGAUUAUAUAGAGUAUAGGCAUGCUUUAUUUCCUGUUCUGGGUAGGGGUUGUGGUAUAUUAUCUAUUUCUUUUCUGUAUGUUAGAAGUUUUACAAUACCGUAUCUAUGAUUUUUUUAAUAAACGAAUUGUUAUUUUAUGUUAUGAAAAACAAA